AUGUCUCUAAGAAAGGUGGCAACUUUUCGUCUUAACCACUACUUGAAUAAUUGCUGUAUUAUUCACUUGAUGAUUUUGAUCAAUUUCCACCUUAUUCCCGUUUGCCAUCCACUUUCCUUCAGUAUCAAUCGCUUUGAUCAAACAACAAGUAAUAUACUCUACGACGGUGAUGCAGCGCCGUCUUCCAAGAGUUCGGGAGCCAUUGAACUCAACACAGCAGAUUAUUUCCGUGUUGGCCGGGCUACCUAUGCAGAGCCGUUGCACUUGUGGGAGGGGUCGUCACUUGCUUCGGACUUCACUACUAACUUCUCCUUCGUUGUGGACACUCUUAACAAAAGCAGCUUUGCUGAUGGGUUUGCCUUCUUCCUCGCUCCGGUCCACUAUCCCAUUCCACCUAACUCCGGCGGUUGUGAUCUAGGCUUGUUCAACGCCACCACUCGUUUUGCAGCCUCCCAAAACCAGCUUGUGGCGGUUGAGUUCGACACUUUGUCCAACCCCUGGGAUCCACAGGGGCCGCACAUUGGGAUCAACGACAAGACCAUCUCCUCAGAUGUUCAUGCCAGCUGGGAUCCUGUCCUCCACAGUGAGAAAGAGUGUCAUGCACGGAUAACAUACAAUGCUACCACCAACCACCUCAUUUUGUCUUGGACAUACGAAAAAAGUUUGGCGCCGAAUGAUUCUUCCCUUUCCGUUACUAUUGACCUGAGAAAGUCUCUCCCGGAGUGGGUUACAAUUGGAUUUUCAUCUGCUACAGGCCUUGUUUUUGAGCGGCACGUUAUAAGUUCAUGGGAAUUCAGUAGUUCAGAGUUGAACUCCGAUGCGAGCCAAAGGAAGAAUAAAAAGGAGAGGAGGAUAGUCUUGAAGAUUGUGGUCGCUGCAGCAGCAGCAGUUCUUUUCUUGAUUUUGAUGCUUUAUGUGGCCUACCGGUGGGUCGUACGGCAGCGGAUAAAGAGGACUCGUGGAGAUAGAAUUGAGUCGAAUGAAUCCUCCAGUGUUGCAUUGUCCUCCAUAAAUCCAAGACAAUUUACUUAUCAAGAACUGGUUGCAGCCACCAACGGCUUCGCAAACGAUAGAAGGCUAGGCCAGGGAGGAUCAGGACAAGUUUAUAAAGGGAUCAUUCAAGAUCUAGGAUGUGUAGUUGCUGUGAAGAGAAUCUUUGCACAAUCCGACAAGCACUAUGAGAAGAUCUUCAUCAACGAAGUCAAAAUCAUAAGCCGCAUUAUACAUAAAAACUUGGUGCACUUCGUUGGAUGGUGUCAUGCGCAAGGCGAAUGCAUGCUUGUUUAUGAAUACAUGCCUAACAGUAGCCUUGACACGCAUCUAUUUGGCUCUAGAGCAACCUUGCAAUGGGAGUUUAGGUAUAGAAUAGCUUUAGGCUUGGCCUCGGCGCUUCAUUAUCUACACGAGGAUGCAGAGCAGUGUGUCCUUCAUAGGGAUAUCAAAUCAGCUAAUGUUCUGCUGGACAACGAUUUCAACACUAAACUUGGUGAUUUUGGGAUUGCUAAGCUCGUGGAUCCGCGGCUAAGGUCUCAGACUACAGGGGUAGUCGGGACUUUUGGAUACAUGGCUCCAGAAUAUGUUAUUCAAGGGAGGGCAAGCAAAGAAUCAGACAUGUUUAGCUUCGGAGUUGUGGCCUUGGAAAUUGCUUGUGGAAGGAGGACUUACCAUGAUGGAGAAUUUCACUUACCACUUUAUAGAUGGGUUUGGCAUUUGUACCUAGCAGAAAAUUUACUGGAUGCAGCUGAUGAGAGAUUGGGUGUAGAUUUUGAUCAAAAUGAAAUGGAGUGCUUGUUAAUUGUUGGAUUAUGGUGCACUCACCCCAACAGCAAAGAAAGGCCAAAAGCAGGACAAGUGAUUAAGGUUCUCCAGCUUGAGGCACCAUUGCCAAAUCUUCCACAUAUCAUGCCUGAUUACCCAAUGCCUCAACCUCAGCAACAAGUUCAAUCCGGUUCCUCUCAGCCUCAGUUGUCACUAACUUCUAGCUUCAACAGUGUAGGUCGUUAAAUGUUAACGACCACUAAGCUGCCAUUGAAGUACCGCUUUAGAUCACGCUACAUGGUCCUUUUUAGAAAAUCAAACCCGAUACUCGCAAUGAAAAUUUUAUACUGCAUGACUGAGUCUCACUAUUCUUUUUUUUUUCUUUUGUUUUUUUUACAGCAAUUGAACAGAAUUUAGUCACUUUACCAUCAAACGACCUAAACUAAGUGAUACACAUGAUUUCAAAGUUCAAACCAAUCUCUGACCAACAACCUCUGAUACUUCAAGUGGCUAUAAAUGAAAAAAAUUGUUGAU